AUGAGUUAUUUAGAUUUUAUAAAUGAACCACUUAAUGAAUUUGCAGAAGAAUUAACAAGUAAAUUUAUUCAUCCACCUAAGGACUUAAGACAAAUAUUCAUUAAAAAUACGAGCCUGAGUAGAGAUUCAAUUUUUUAGUUGGACUUUCAGUUGUUAAUCUGGCUAUUGGUGCAGCAUUUAAAGGAAUCAAAUCAAGACCUUUAUAAACUGGAAUUAUUAGUUUCUUUGGAUCUUGUUUAAUCAUUUAUCCAGAGCUCUACUUUGGAUUACUUAAAUUUAAAAAAUAGUAGCAUAUAAUACCACAUCAUUUUAUUAAGAGAGAUUGA